GGGCUGCCUACCCUCGCAGAUCUGCUCCCACAGGUUCUUGCCCGGAGGCUCCACGCCCUGUCCUGGCGAAAAGGGUGGCUCGGGGGACACGGUGGACACGAUGGGCACUGACGUCCGCACAGUGUCCGACGACUCUGUGGAGCCGGCGGGCUCCUCGCGCUGGGUGGUGCGACCACUCGCCGGACCCUGUGCCGCCAUGGUCGCGGUUUCUACGGCAACCGCCCUCCGGGCUCGGCUACGACCCGGAAGAAGCCGGAACUCAAGGAGGCGGGCCAGCGACUGGAGAUUAACUUCCGGGUCGCGGCCGAGCUGGCUUUCACGUGGAGGCGGGGAAGAUUGGCGUGCGGGAAUGAUCACGAAAACCCACAAAGGAGACCCGGGCCUUGGGGUCCCAGAGAAAAAGAAGAAGAAAAAGAAGGUAGUCAAAGAACCAGAGACUCAGUACUCAGUUUUAAACAGUGAUAAUUACUUCACUGAGAUCUGUCUCACAAGAGCAACAUUCCCCUCGAAGCGUGUGGAGGUAGGGCAGGCAUCUGAGAUGCCUCUGGUGAAGAAAAAGAAGAAAAAGAAGGGCCUUAGUACCCUCUGCCAGGAGCACCUAGAACCCGAGACCGUGUUACGUGCUGGACGGACAGAGAAGUUGGCCACCCCCAGGAAGCAGGUUCUUGGUUCAUCUGAGUUCCAAGGUGGGGAGAAGAAAAAAAAGAGGAAGUCCUUAAAACCUCUGGCCAUGCCUUCUAGCUCAAGAGGGAGGACCUCCCCAGACACUAGACAGGUUGAGGAGGUGACCAGAGUUGGCAAGAAGCCCAAAAAACACAAGAAGGAGAAGAAGGCCCGGGAGGCUGCAGCUGCCUCGGCCAAGGACCCUUGUUUCUGUGAGUUUGGGGAUACUCUGUACACUUGCUCAGUGGGGAAGGAUGGUGCGGAGCAGACAGGCUCAGGGCAGAAACGGAAACAGGGCAGCCCCAGGGAAUGCAACGUGAAGAUGAAGAAGAAAAAGAAAAUCCACCUUAAGGGAGAUACCUCCGUAGAAGAGCACCUUGAGUGUUCCAAGUCUGUGGAGAGCAGCCCUAGGAAAGGAACUAAGAUGCCAGUCAAACUUGAGGCUCCAGAAUACAUCCCAAUAGGACAUAACCCCAAGUCCCCUGCAAAGAGGAAAAUGAAGUCCAAGAAAAAGGUAGAGCAGCCAGGUAUUGAGGAGCCAGCUCUGAAGAGGAGUAAAAAGAAGAAGGUGAAAGAGAGCAAAGUAGUGGAAGAACCUUGGGAAGAGGAGCCUGACCCAGACUUAGAGGUGGUGUUGGAAAAGAAAGGCAACAUGGAUGAGGCGCACAUAGACCAGGUGAGGCGAAAGGCCUUGCAAGAAGAAAUUGAUCGUGAGUCAGGCAAAACAGAAGCUUCUGAACCAAGGAAGUGGACAGGAACUCAGUUUGGCCAGUGGGAUACUGCUAGUUUUGAAAAUGAGGAACAGAAACUAAAAUUUCUCAAACUGAUGGGUGGCUUUAAAAACGGGACCCCUUCGCUCAGCCGCCCCUCUAACACAGGCGGAAGGCCCAACAUGGCUCUCAGCAAGAAGGCAGCUGACGCCCUGCAGCGGAACCUGCAGCAGGACUACGACCGGGCCAUGAGCUGGAAGCACAAGCGGGGCACUGGCCUGGGCUUCUCCACCACCCCGGACAAAAUCUUUUAUAUUGACAGGAAUGCUUCCAAGUCAAUCAAGUUUGAAGAUUAAACUCUACUAUCUUAUCCUUCAAAACUGCCACAAUUGCUUUUACUGUUCAGUUAUGCAGUUGAAAGCCAUCUGACAACUGUCUCAGAUCAAAUCUCUGCAGAGAUUAAGUUGAAAACUCUGCCCAUGUGCUUGGACAAACUGGGGUCAGGGAGCUCGUGUUUCAGAAGCCAAGAAAACAUGUGAGUGAUUAACGCCUACUAUUUUGUGUAUUAAGCAUUCCAUCCCUGUGUGAAGACAUCAACAUAUAUAAAUAAUAGCUAAAUUUGCUGAGUGCUUAGUAUGUGCCAGGUACGUACUACUGUGUUUCCCUCACGUUAAUGUAGUUAGUAAUUAGGAACUAACUAGGUGCUAUUAUCCCCAUCUUACCGAUGAGGAAACUGAGGUUCGGGGAUGAAGUAAUAAAAUUGCCCCGGUUCACCCAACCAGUAAGUGCCAAGUGCUGGCCUUCUGUAUCCCACGUCCUGUAUCACUAUUCACUACUCCUAAUGUCGUCGUCUAGGGAAUUUUACCAGGAAUACUGAUGGGGGAUGAAGUCUCUUGAUUGAAGAGACAGAGGUUUUGUUAGAUGUCUAAAUCUCAAAUAGGAAGUACAAUUGAUGGUCAACAGGUAAGGGCAAGCUCUUUUUCUUUUCCCAUCCUGGAGAACCUUUAGGCAAAGAGGUCUGAAUGGCCACAGGCAGAUGUGGCUGAGCUUUCUCUCCAUUUGGGAAAUGUGUUUCUAAACCAAUGUUGCCUUUUCUGGUUCUCCUGACUUCCAUCCUCAGUGUUGAGCUUGGAUUUAACCUUCAUGCUUUAACUGAAUUCUAACAAUUUUAGCAUUUUAGAGAGACUGUUAGUCUUAGUGAACCAACGGUGAAUUCCCAGGGAUAUGUUUAUUAGAAUCUUUGUGACCACAAGGAAGAGAGUCCUAGGUGACUUGUGUGGUGGAGGUCUAAUGCCGGCAGGCCUGAAUGUGCGGGCACGAUGCAGGAAGUUGCCUCAUCAUGACACUGUUACCGUAUCUGGACUCUACAACCAGCUUCACAGAGCUCCAGGUACAAUGACCUGAGUGACAAAUGGCCACCUUCUUCACUCACCUAGCAGUUUCCAUCUGAAAAUACAGGUUCUGAGUAGGACGUUUUCACAUCGCUUGGCCUGAAUGCCUCCUAUAGACAGACGUCCCAGCUCAGGCAGGCCUAACUAAACAGCAGGAUAUUCAGUCUGUCACUGGGCAGGAAAUCCUGAUGUGUAGGGGACUGAUACAGCAACUUAACAGAGAAACAUUCUUUUUCUCUCUGCUCCAUCCACCCUGUUGGUUUCAUCGGGCUGCUUGAAAGAAUGGCCAUAGCAAUUGUAGGCACAAUAUCAAGAUACUAGAACUUGCCAGAGGAAGAAGAAAAACCUUGUGGUUCAAGGAAAGUUCCAGAAGACCUUUCAUCAUAACUCAUUGCUUAGCCGUGGGUCAUAUGCCCAUUUCUGAGCCAGCCCCUGGCAUGUGGAGGAAGAUUCUCCUCAAGCCAGUCAUAAAGGAGGAGUGAGGAGCCGACGCUGGUGGUGGGACAAACAUGGAGUCCACUACUGUCCCACUGGGCAGAGGUGAGGCAGGCCUGCCUGGGCGCAAGUAAGCAUUGGCCAGGUCAGGAGUCAUGUUUCAGGAGGGGCCACUUCGCUUAGAAUGUGAACUGGGCCUUUGAUGGACUCAACCUUGAGUUGAGAUACAUAAUGAAAGAGGCCAUCUAAAUGCCGGGAAGGUAAGGUUCUGCCUUUGAUUUAGCUGCUUCGGAGCACCUCCUCUUUUCACAGGAGAAUAAAUCUCUCCUGGCCUUGAUCAACACUUCAGGAAUUCACUCACUGUACUGACUGCUUCUCUAAUUGUUUUUAACUUGCCAAGAGCUCACACUACAGCUUGGGCCUGCCUUGGCUUGUCAGGAAGGAUUGUGCUCUGCCAUCUCUUGGGUGACUCUGGAGAGUCGCUGAUCAUUUGUCCACUGUCUUGUCCCCAUAGUGAUAGUUCUCAUUAGCAUGUGAUGGUCAGGCCUUUCUCCUCCUGUCAUUUAGUAUAUGUAGUCUUGUGUAAUGGGUUUUGAGUUUUAAACUUAAUGUGUCACCAUUGGCUGAAGUAUUCCACUGGCCCAGGGGAAGGUUUAUGAUAGUUUGUUUCUGAAGCAGGGUCUGGCCAGUGCAGGUGGAACAGCUAAGACAGCAGGAUCUCCAAUGACCUCAAAAUGGACUUAGUCUUGGCAGAGAUGCCAUUUCUCAGAGAGCGGGUUUCUGUCCUGUAGCAGUCCCGCAGUUCUGGGAGGAGUUUCACUCUGAGCUUCCUGUGUUAGCUGGGCCCUCGCCUUUGUACAGUAAACAACAUUGGCUUGUGCCACCUCUGCCCCUUUGUCCCAUGUCCAAUGCCAUCAAUCUGCAAGGGUUUUUUUUUUGUGUGUCAUCUCCUAUGUUCUUGAUGUCUUGACUCUGUGGAACAUACCAUGUCUCCACUGCAAGAGGAGGUUUGGGGACUUUUACUCAGAAUUGGGGCAGGAGAAGUCUUGGCAUAUAGCACAGUCAGGGUCUUGGUUGAAUAUUUAACAGCCCUUUUCUCAUUUCUCCCUUGGCUUUCUCACUUGACCCACCCUCCUUCCCUGUGGCAGGGUCCUUCCCUCCUUACAGUUGUCCUUAUCCAGCCGUCGCUGAAACCUCAUGAUUUCCUGAUUGCGUCUGUGCAGGGAGUGCUGCUGUUUCUGCCUUAUUAGCCCACUAGGCCCUGCCCCGAGGCUUGCUUUCCAUAUCUAGACUGGCCCAUCAAAAGUGUUUGCUAGGUAGACAAAGUUCUCCUCUAAAAGAAAUUGUGUAUUCAGCUCUACAAACAGAAUUAUUCAGGUUUGUGCACCCCCACCCCAGAUGUCCAUGUCCCAGUCAUGAGAACUUAGGAGUAUUAGGACACAAAACAAAAAGGAGUUGAGGGUAGCGGAUGGAAUUAACAGUUGCCAGUCAGUUGACCUUAAAAUAAGAUUAUCCUGGAUUGUCUGAUUGGACCCAGUUUAAUCAUAACAGGUCCUUAACCAUAGAAGAGGGAGGCAGAAAUAUGGAAGAGACUUGUAAGAACAACUCAACCAGGGGCACCUGGGUGGCUCAGUGGGUUAAGCCUCUGACUUUGGCUCAGAUCAUGAUCUCAGGGUCCUGGGAUCGAGUCCCGAGUCAGGCUCUCAGCAGGGAGCCUGCUUCCUCCUCCCUCUCUCUCUCACUCUCACUCUGCCUGCCUCUCUGCCUACUUGUGAUCUCUCCGUGUCAAAUAAAUAAAUAUAAUAUUAAAAAAAAAAAACUCAACAAGCUGUUGCUGGUUUUAAGAUAGAGGAAGGGGCCACAAGCCAAGGUAUGCAGCUGCCCUCUAGAAGCUAGAAAAGUCAAGAAAACAUUCUUCCGCAGAGCCUCCAGAAGGAACAAAGCUGUGCCCACACCUUCACUCUGAGGGAAAGUCCCCUAAGACCUGUUGGAGUUGGAACAAAUAGAUCUGCAAAGUGAAAGAAUUGUAUUGGUGUAAGCCACUAAGUUUGUGGUAAUUUGUUAAAGCAGCAAUAGAAAAGUUGUAUAGGUCUCAUGCAGAACUUUUCUUCAUUUUUUUUUAACCUUAUUUCCUAAAAUUUUUUGAAUUUUUAUUUUUCUGUUGUCCUUUGUAAUAACAGUAGACUUCAUCCCCUGUAGGCUGUGAUUUUCAGAGACUGGCUAAUUGAUUCAGUAAUGGGCUGAGGAAAACCACGAAAGAUCAUAGAAAAUUUGAGCUUUUGCCUGGGCCUGGUGACAGAUGGUUCUGAAGCGCCUUUGGUGUAAUGAAUAUUCAACCUAAUACGAAAGUCCAAAUUCAUGUCAAUUUAAGAACAUUACGUUACUCAGGCUUGGGAAUGAACACUGUCCGGUAAGAACAACCUCAGAGUAGAAAAAAGGACUUAAAGCAGGUUAUUUGUGAAUUUGCCAAUUGUGUUUCAUUUAAACGGUAUCAUAUAGUUAACAGUGGUAUUUGAGAUCAUUUUAAUGGAAAUAAUUUUGUGAAAUAAAGGUCAUUUGGUAAUAUUUGAGCAAUA